UCUGUCUGUCUUUGCUUCAGGUUGUACGGAGCUCCAGGCAACAUCGACCUCUGGCCAGCCCUCAUGGUGGAAGACCUGAUCCCUGGCACGAGAGUGGGACCAACACUUAUGUGCCUGUUUGUUACCCAGUUUCAGCGGCUGAGAGACGGAGACAGGUUCUGGUACGAGAACCCCGGAGUGUUCACCCCCGCACAGCUCACUCAGCUGAGGCAGGCGUCCCUGGGCCGCGUGCUCUGCGACAACGGCGACAACAUCCGGCAGGUGCAGGCCGACGUCUUCGUGAAGGCGCAGUACCCGCAGGACUACCUGAGCUGCAGCGAGAUACCGCAGGUGGACCUGCGGCUGUGGCAAGACUGUCGCGAAGACUGUAGGAGCAGAGAACAGUUCAGAGCAUUCACAGAAGCAUCUCGAAAGACACGCUCUGCUCAAUACAGCUAUCCUGAUGAGAAAGAUAAGGACUUCCGUGAUCUAAAUCAUGGGCCACAAGAUCACUUGUAUGCAGAUGAAGAUGGUAGAAAUGUGACACUUCUGGCAAAAGCAAAGUUUGCACAAGAUUUCAGCAAUUUUGCCGCUGAAAUUCAAAACACCAUCAAGGCUCUCAGAGAACAGAUAAACAAGCUGGAGGCACGCCUCAGGCAGGAGGGAUGCACAGAUGAUAAAGGGAUUCGGAGGAAAGACAAUGAGCACUGGAUGAAAGAAGAUUGCAUUAGCUGUAAGUGUAAGAGUGGCCAGGUCACCUGCAUGGUGGAGACUUGUCCCCUGGCUGCAUGCCCCAGAAUUGAAUUGGUGAAAGGAACCUGUUGUCCAAUUUGCAGAGAUCCGGCAAUGCCAGCUGAUUCCCCAGAGAAACGCUAACUAGUGUCAUCGCUCUUGAGCCCUGAGCAGGGAACUUCUCAGGGAAAGGCAGUCAGGCACAUAGGACUUCAGCACAUUUCACCUAGAAUCACACUCCCGGCACAGAAAUCACGGACAAAUUAGUUCAUUUAACUCUUCAACCUACUGAAGAUCUUGUAUCUUUUCAUCUUCUAAUAUACAUUGAAGUAAUGCAAAAAUUCAAGUCUAUAAAGUACAUAGGAAUUAUUUUAUUGUAAGAAAUGUUUCUUAUUCAAAGCUACCAGUUUUCUUUACCAUACAUGGAAAAAAAGAAUAUCAUGUGGUAAUUUUUAUUUUAGAUCUGAGUAUUGCGGAAAAGCUCUCAUUUCAAAAUUCAGAGAGAUUUUAUGAUUUCCUGGAAUUUUGAGAGAAUGGGAUUUGCACUCAGAGAAAACAUUGGGAAAGAUUUGUGAUAGCUUUGGCACAACGUGCAAUGCUACUUCCCUCAUUCCACUUUCUCUCACAUUUAGAAUCUAGAUAAUGGCCAGAUUUUGCUGGAAAGACACUUCACCUUGAAUAUCACUAGGCUCUAACUUGGAGAAUAUUAAGGGGAAGGCAGAGAAAGUAUCAUUAUUUGGGAGAGCCUGCUAUUUUUUACAUUUGGCUGAGAAAUACAAACACUAUGAAGGGAAGGAGCCUUCAAAGGAGCAUUGCGCAAUACCUGCCUUUCCCUUACAUGUCAUUCUCGUCAUGUGUGAGAUGUCGAAAUUGAAAUUUUCCAAGUCUGAGCAACUCAGGAACAAUUAAAAUCUGAAUUUACUGUCAGAAAAAUUGAAAACGUCUUUGACUUUAACAAAAGGUGGUGCUUAUGAGCUUUCUUCUAAUUUUGGCACUAUGUAUAGCAUCUCAAAUACAACCCAAUAUAGAAAAUAAAAAUAAAUAAAUACAGCCCAAUAGACAACAGGUUUAGGUAUACUCAGGAUUGGAUAUUUAGUAAAUUAGGUGAGUUUCUCAUGAUAAAUGCUUUUAAAAUACAUGUGCCCAUAUGUAGGGUUUGGUUGCAGUUGUUGGUAGAUUUCCUUAAAAAAGUCUUUAUUCUAGAACUUUUGAGAAAAGAUUUUGUGUAGUGUCCUGCACAGGGGGGCUCUGAGGGUGAAAACUCUAGUGAUUUCCAAUUACAAAAUAGACAUUUAACAACAGGCAUAAUCUCCCAUUAUGUAGAAGCCCUCUGUAGAGUUCAGGGCUCAUUUUAGUCAAAACAGUCUCAUGGUUUUAGUAUUACGAGUGAAGAAAGAUGUUUUUGGAGUUUGAUGAUACAUGGCAUUAUUUUUAAAAUGUGCUAGCGAUCCCCUCCCAAGAUCCAAAAUAACUUUUACAAAAAAGUUCACAAGCAAAACUCAAUAUGUCCUAAAGGUUUGAUGUUGGAUGCUUUAUUAAAUACAAAACAAUUUCUAAUUAUGUCUUGAAAGGCAAAACUUAGCAAGUCCCAAAGCUUGACAUUUGGUGGCCUUUCAAAACCCAACAAAGUGGAAUGAAGCUAAACCUCAUGGAAGUAUAAUUUGUUCCUCCCAAACCAGAGCAAACAGAUCGCAAAGAACAGUAACACACCUAAGACUUGAGGCUUCUCAUCAUAUCCACUUGCCAUUUUAUUAUUUUAUUUAAGUUGAAGCAAGACCUACAUGAUAUCUCAUGUUAUUUUUGUAUACCCUGACACAUGUUAACUUGGAUGCCACCUGAUCAAUAUGUUUGGCUCAUUAAACAUAAGCAUAUAUCAAAACAGCAGCAUUAAAUUAUCAUUUAAAAUGAAACAUGGGAAUUUUAAAACUUGUCUGUCAGUCGACCAUUGGAAAAUUCAGUCACCUUUACAGAUAUGGUUAUAAUAUAAUCAUACAGAUUACUUUUUUGCUUUAUUCAUUUUACUGUAUUUCAUUUCUUUGACUAUGUUUUUUCAAAUGUCUCAUUUUUAAAAGUAACAUUGCACACAAUAAAAAUUCCAACUAUUUC